GCAGGUGCAUACCCUGCCCUGAUGUGCUAGUACAGCCCUGGUCGCGUUAACUGCUUCACUCUUUUCGAACGAUCAAGGGAUCGUCUAAAUCAAGGCCGGGCCAGUAAGUAGUAACGAAAGAAUCAAGUCCCAGACUUCAUCAUGCCACCACCGUCUCCGACCCUCGCUCCGUGGUCUCCCUCUUCCACUCCCUCCGCCACCCCGAAUGUCGGCCUCCUCACUCCUUUCCUUAUCUUCCACCUCUUCACAGUCCUCGGUGGUCUUGUAAUGCUCACGACUGCCAUCUUCUGCUCGUCUCGCGUUCCCCGCCAACCCGUCUGGUUCAGUUUCAUCUCGUCCUUCGUUAUCUAUUCGGGGUCGUUCGCCUUGUUGGUGUUUACCGGGUAUGGCUUCAAGGGCGAAGGUCAAAGGAGUGAGACGGGUUUGCUUCUGGGACCGGGCUUUGGAGUGUGUCUGGCACAGGCGGCCAUGCAGUACUCCGCAUUGCCUUUCACCUCGGCAACAACGUUCGCGCUCGUUGCGCAGGUAUUCUUCAACAUCAAGAACUGGGUGAAGGAAACGAUGCCGACAAAGAGGCAAGAGAAUCUUCUGCUUUUCUUUCUCGGAGCCCCGUACAUCCUCUAUGUUGGAAUGCUGACUUCAUUCAUUGUGAUCGGGCUAUUGAAUCCAACAACAGUCCAGCUGGGCGCUCGAGACUUUUAUUGCUCGUUCAUAAUGAGGGUUCCAGCACGGAUAACAUCUAUCCUCGUCGCUGUACUCAUGAUACCCACGGUAGUCCUCAACUCAAUAACACUCUAUCACCUCCGAGGAAAUUGGAACCUGCUACGAGGCAGCGUGAGGCGAGUUAUGGCGUUCUCAGUUGUUGGGGUCCUUGCAAUUGUCCUUGGAAUUGUCUUCUUUGCAAUAUCCGAGGAAACACCACAUGCCCUGGAUGUGGUCACUUCUCUAGUUCCCAUGUCAGCCAUUAUUAUCUUCGGAUCGCAAAAGGACCUGCUGGACGUAUGGUGCUGGUGGAGAAAGGAUAAGCCCUUGACCAGCUUGAAGUCGUCGAGUAACAUCGUUAGUCGAGAUAGGUCUUUAUAA